AUUUUUUGAACCCCCUAGCCUAGACACUUAUUAAAUAUUCGUUUCCAUCUCCCCCUUUGUAAAGAAUUCCAGUUGGUAGCCCCCGGGAAAUGGGGGGCUGAGUGACUCUGGGGGCCCUUGGUGACAUGUUUUCCCCAACAUCCCUAUGAGAGCCUUUUGCUGGGGUUGCCCUUGAUAUUGAUUGUAACCAAAUCUCAUCGGCAUAAAGAUGUGAUAAUAUGGGGUGAUGCUUGGGAAAUAUGGGGUGAUGCUUUGUCAAGUCAAAGAGUAGGAUAUGAAACUAUAGAAACUGUGAUUCUAAUUGUGCUUUAAAUAUAUCAUUAAAAAAAGGAUAGAAGGAAGUAUACCAAGAUGUUAUCACUAAUUAUCUUUAGGAGGUAGGGUUAUGAAUGGUUUUGAUUCUCAGGUAUACUACAAAAUAUUUCUGAUUACCCAAGUAGUUUACAGUAAGCAUGAUCGCUUUUAUAUUUUCGAAAGGCAAAAUAAUCAGCAUUUAAAUCUGAUGACAAGAUGGUAUGCUUCUGGAAGAGUACAGAAACCAUUAACUGUGGCUGCCCCCAGUGAGGGCAAUUGGGGGACGAGGGAUGGGGUGAGAGAGACGGCUUUUUUUUUUUUUUUAGUUUUAAAUACUGCACCACCAGUAUGUAUUACUAAUUUUAAAAAGAAAGAAAAUCUUGAUAGGAGGAGAGGGAGGGCUCACCCAGCAUGAUUUUUCACGGACCGGGCAUCUACACGGUGGUGACCCGGGCCAGAUGGUUGUGCAGAGGGCCCUGCCCCGGGGGUGAGUGGGCACAGGGCCCUGGCAGGGAGGCUUGUCUCCUGUCUCCUCAGAUCCGGAUCAAGGAGGAGACCCGCCUGGUGUCCAUCAUUGACCAGAUCGACAAGGCGGUGGCCAUUAUCCCCCGCGGCGCCCUCUUUAAGAGCCCUUUUGGACCCACCCAUGUCAAUCGGACCUUUGAAGGACUGACCUUGUCUGAAGCGAAGAAGCUCAGUUCCUACUUCCACUUCAGGGAGCCAGUUGACCUGAAGAACAAGACGUUGCUUGAGAAGGCAGACCUGGACCCCUCCCUGGACUUCAUGGACUCCUUGGAGCAUGACAUCCCCAAAGGGUCCUGGAGCAUCCAGAUGGAGCGAGGCAACGCCCUGGUGGUGCUGCGCAGCCUGCUCUGGCCAGGCCUCACCUUCUUCCACGCUCCGGGCACCAAGAACUGUGGCUACAUCUAUGUGGGCACUGGUGAGAAGAACAUGGACUUGCCCUUCAUGCUGUAGGAGGGGCCCGCCCAGGGACUGCGUAUGUAGAGCAUCAGCAUUAUUUUCAUACAUUUCAGUGAGUUUGGUCUGUUUGUUCUGUCUUGCCGCUUCCCCACACUCCACCUCCAUCUGGUGUCCAGGCUCUGAGGAGAGGCCCAAGGAGCCGGGAGACCCAGCUCUAAAGCAAGUGGCAGAGGAUCGGAAUGUGCUAACAUGAGAGAGAAUGGCGGGUGGAAAUGGCUGUGGGAGGUGACGGCCAGAAGCCCUUUGAGGAAGGCAGCUCCUGGACUCACAUUAGAGUUGUACACAGGCCAGGCAGACCAACUCGCCUCCUUGCAGCCCCCAGGCCCCAGAC